UACAAGACAGGAAACAGGCAGAAGCGAGGAUCAAGAAAGCACUCGAGGGGAAGAUUGCGAAGUUCAAGAUUCCUGAGAGAAUUAUAUUCGCUAAAGCGAUUCCUAAAACUGCUACAGGGAAGAUACAACGACGCUUCGUGCGAGACGCGUUCGUGAAGCAGGCGCGACAGGAGAAUGGUGCCAAACUAUAA